UCCGGCCCUCCCCUGCAAGUCAAGAGAAGCGCGCUGGCGAGGCGGAGCCUGUAAAAGUUGGAAACUGUCGGCCCGCCCCCGUUCUUCUGUGGAUUCUGAGGGCGCCUGGGCAAGUUUUAAUCCCCACUCUAAAGGCGACAAUCAGUGCACCGGGAGCUCGACUGCGAAGCCGUUCCUCUCUAGAAGCCGCAAGUUUUCAGCUGAAAAAAUCAACUGGGGAGUUUCACCUUUUGGUCCUGGCCGUCUGGCCUGGUUUCCAGUAGGAUCUUCGUUUGGGAUUGCUGCACCGCGGGUCGCUGCUGCCCGCCCCCAGCCUCCAGCCGGCCUGUCCCUCGGCGGGUGCUACCCUGGGGGACAUCUGCAGCUGCGCGCGCCAGUCGACACAGGCCCUCWGCCCCUGCGCGGCUACAGGAGAUUGCUCCCCCUAAAUUCCCGCAGCUGUAGGUUUCUUAGCACUCUUAGGGAAGUAAACCUGCUGUCAGGAUUGCAGGCUGCCGUUUGGGAAGAAAUAUAUAGUUUUAUGUAUAAAUACAUAGUUUUAUGUAACCCCCACCUAGAAUAAUCUUCAAAAGGAAAAAAAAAUCCUAUUAACACUUGGCUGUAUAUUUACAGUUUCAAGAGGAGACUCAUCUUAGUGACCCGGGAAGUGACCUGGGAAGGUGCAUUAAUGAUUGAACCAUUCAAAAGCUGAAGUCUGGAGUCCUUGUCCACAGCUAAUGAAAGUGGCAGUGUGAGUGCCAUUGAAGCCACUGUGACUGGUUAUUGCAUUAGAGACUUCAGUAGCAGAUCUCAUCUCACAUAGCUCUAUCCCAACAGUGGAGAGCAGCCUGCCCUAUUCCAUCUAAGACCUUGGAGGGGUUCUGAAUUAUUAACCGCCUCCCCACUUUACCUUUCCUUAUCUAAACGGACCCAGAGAUCUAGUGACAAGAUCACACAUCUAAGAAAAGGAUUGCUGACAAACCCCCCUCCCAUUUCUGGGAUAAGAAAAUAUCUAGGUCACCAUGGCAACUGGACAGAAGUUGAUGAGAGCUAUUAGAGUUUUUGAAUUUGGUGGACCAGAAGUACUGAAGCUGCAGUCCGAUGUUGUAGUACCGGUUCCAAAAGAGCAUCAGGUUCUAAUCAAAGUCCACGCUUGUGGUGUAAACCCAGUGGAGACAUAUAUCCGCUCUGGUACUCAUUUAAGUAAGCCGACCUUACCCUACACACCUGGCACUGAUGUGGCUGGGGUAAUAGAGGCCACGGGAGAUGAAGUAUCUGCUUUCAAGAAAGGUGACAGAGUCUUCAGUACCAGAACAAUCUCAGGGGGCUAUGCAGAGUAUGCUCUCGCAGCAGAUCAUACCGUUUACCCACUGCCUGGGAAUCUGGACUUCAAACAAGGCGCUGCCAUCGGGAUCCCGUACUUUACUGCCUUUCGAGCUCUGCUCCACAGUGCCCGUGUGAAAGCUGGACAGAGCGUUCUGGUUCAUGGGGCUAGUGGAGGAGUUGGAUUAGCAACAUGCCAAAUUGCUAGAGCUUAUGGCUUAAAGGUUUUGGGCACAGCUGGUACUGAGGAGGGACAAAAGGUUGUUUUGCAAAAUGGAGCCCAUGAAGUAUUUAAUCACAGAGAAGUUAAUUAUAUUGACAAAAUUAAGAAAUCUGUUGGUGAAAAGGGGAUUGAUGUGAUUAUCGAAAUGUUAGCUAAUGUGAAUCUUAGUAAUGAUUUGAAUCUUCUGUCAUUUGGAGGAAAAGUAAUAGUUGUUGGCAGCAGAGGCCCUAUUGAAAUAAACCCACGGGCCACCAUGACGAAAGAGUCUAGUAUAACUGGAGUCACUUUAUUUGCAUCAACCAAGGAGGAGUUUCAGCAAUCUGCAGCAGCCCUUCAAGCAGGAAUGGAAAUUGGUUGGUUGAAACCUGUGGUAGGAUCUCAGUAUCCCUUGGAGAAGGUGGCCCAGGCUCAUGAGGAUAUCAUUCGUGGUAGUCGGCCUCCUGGAAAAAUGGUUCUUCUCUUGUGAUAAUUCCUUCUUCUGUGGUCUUCUUGUGCAACUAGGAGGCAUUCUGUCCUCUAGACUUAGCCUACAGUUUCUUUAAUUAACAUUCAAUUGACUUAGUGAGUUUCUCAUAUUAAAAAACAAGAUUUUUUUUCUUUAGGGAACAGAGAAAGUGGAGGAAAACUUAUUUUGUAGCUAGCCAUAUUUUAUAUGCCUUCUAUCUCAAUUUAAGGAGUCGUCAUAGUAGGGAAACAGCAUGUUGGUGGUCAUAUGGCAUUAGUGUGAUUUUAGAAAUUCUUAAGUGAUUCUACCACUUGAUUAAAAUGUGCGAAUUUAAGACUCUUUGAUUUCCAAGCCUACUUAUUUGUAUCAACAGUUCACUAAUCUUCUCUGAUUACCCCAUAGCUGUAAUGGACCUGAAACUCUCUAGACAUUUUCAUACUAAUCUCAUUUGAACUUGUAAUCUUUUGGAAAGGCAAAAAUAUGUAAUACCUAGAGAAAAUUUUUUUAGUUUUCCCAGUAAUUCCCAAACUACUAGAAUAUGCACUGCAUUCCUAAUUGAUUACCAUUUCAUGCUUUUAGUCCAUGAUGCUAGGUGCAGAGUCACCAAACAGGUAUUUCUGGAUUCAUUGGGUUUUCAGAGUAGAUUUAGAGUUACUAGGUUUUGUGAUGUGGGUCACAUAUUGUUAUUUAAAUUAAUAAGUUCACUAAUUUUGUACACUAAAAAUGAUCUGCUCUUUUUUUUUUAAUUCUGUAAUAAAUCCUAUAGAAUAUUAGCCGUGUAUUUGUCUAGUGUGUCUUUGUGCAGUACUGGUCUUACAUCAUUUCUGCAUGACUCCUAAUGGUUACUUUACAGUAUUCUGUUCUGAAACUUCUUUAUCUGAACUAAAUAAAAAGAUGGCCUUAGUAAUCACUAGCAUUAUGUUCAAGGAAAUAAAGUUUGGUUUUUUAUUAUUUUUUUUCCUUCCCAUGAACACAUCCUUCUGUUUCUUAUUAUAUUAUAUGCUUGGUUAUCUUAUCUGAUUUGUUUUGUUGAAUGACAACUUCUAGUCUAAACAUGUAAUCCUGCUUUAGUAGUGAACAGAAAGCACUGCUAAUUCCAGAAAUUGGCUUCUGGCUCUCUCUGCUGUGGCUGAAGUAUUUUUGCUAUUAUCAUUGUCUGAGAUCAUAGGCUAUUUCUUUUACAGGUUAACGGUCCUACACGAUAACAUUUUGGGGAAAAGAAUUAAAGCAGUAUUAUUAAUCAGAAGGCUAGCAUUUUAUGUGUUUCCAAAAAUAGGGGAUUCUUUUCUAGGCAAAAAGACAAAGGAAUAAUUAUUCUGUAAAAGUCAGUUUAAUGUGUUUGUACACUUACCUGAUCCAUAGAAUGAGCUAACCUGUCAGUCAUCUUAACACUUCCCAAGUCAUUAAUACAGUUCAGAUAAUAUUGAAGGCAAAACUAGCCAGGCUCUAUGGAUUAAUGGCAGUGAUUAUGAUUAUAUAGCUUUGGAAUCAUUUUCUGUACAAAUAUCCUUGUAAUUCUAUAUCUGGUCCUCUCCUAACUUCCAGCUGACAACAUU